AUGGGGCUGCCGUCUGCGCAUGCAGACCAGACGGGUCCAGACUCUUCCACGCCGUCCUCUUCAGGACCCGCAGACGCGCUUUCUUCCGCCCAGACCACCUCGGAGGCCGACAGCUCCAUUUCUGUUUGGCCAGCGACCGGCAUUUGUGCGGACAAGCGAGGAGAAGACGACAGAGGAACCAGCCGCGACGAUGGUGUCGCGAGGAAGUGUUCCAGCAUCCCUUCGAGAAGUUCUGCAUCUUCUUCCCGUGUCCCUUUGUCUCCAACGAUGACGCCGCCUCUCGGGUGUAACCCCGCCCAAGGGGGAGGCGAGGGCGAGCGAAGCGUCACGCUCUCACCCUCUGACCCUCAUCCAAGUGCGUGCGUCAACAACGGCGCGGCGGCGGCGUCUUCCUCUUCGGUCGACGAGAAGGAGGCGGUCGCGUCUUUGGCUGCUGUUUCGUCUCCCGGCCCGCCGUUCAAAAAGGCCAAGGCGAGUCCGGCGCUUCCCGCCUCCAGAGCCUCGCCUUCCAAGUCUCUCGAGAGAAGAGCUUCUGUGGGCAAGAGAAAUGGCUCAAGCCCUGUCGACAGUGCAGGGAGCGGCGCAGCGGAAGGCCCCGCGCGCACACCGUUGGCGCCGGGAGGGAAAACGGGGAGCACAAAGUUUGCCGGAUCAGAAGAGGGCGAUACGUCGGCCUUCUCGUCCAAGUGUACAGACGCAGAAGGCUUUCCGAUUCCGGAUCCGCUGCGGCUCUCCACUUCUCUCCCUGUGUCUGGAACCGUUUCUUCGCCCGCGCGGGCGUCUGAGUCAAAGCCUGAGGAGUCAUCUGGGCGUGGCCGCCCCAGUGCGAGUCGCCGACGCUCCGGCUCUCCGCCUGUCGGAGAUGGUCCCGUAGCGUCUGUCAAUGCGCUCUCUCCUGCCUCGUCGUCUCUUCCGUCCCCUGCCUCUUCUCUCUCUUCUGGCCCCUCUGCUGCCUUCUCCUCUGUCUCUUCGUCUUCAGUUUCGUCUUCAGUCUCUACGACGGGUGCGGCGGCGACCACCCAGUCUCCGCUGGCCGGGUCUGUUUCAGGCAGCCUCCUGGGGAACUUGGCGGCGUGGCCCGCGUCGGGGCCUCGGCCGCCUUCCUCGCGUGCAGCGCUUCUCUCGGCGGCUCUGUCUCGCUCUCUCCAGCCCUUGGCGUCGUCUUCUCCUUUGAUCUCUUCCUCGUCAGUCCUCGUCUCUCCGCCGAUGGGCAGUCCGUACACUGGCCUCUCGGCGUCUUCGGCGCGGCCAAACUUGUCUCUCGCUCCCUCGACUUCGCCUCUCAAUGCCUCUCUGCCUCCUGGCGGAAUGGCGGCAGGCGCGUCGCCUUCUGUCGUCGCGCCUCCCAACCUCGUGGCUGCGCUGCGGACUCUCCCCUCGUUCGGGUUGCAGCCUCUCCAGUCCCUGCAGCCGCGGUUCGUGGCUCGGCCGCCGUCGCUCGACUGCGCCUCGCUGCCCUCGCUCCCCGGGGCUUCUCGCCCCGCGGCUGGCCUCCGAACCCCCUCGGGAGGCUCUGGGCAGUCGCUCCCCGGCCCGAGCGAGGCGACCCUGGGAGCGCAGGCGACCUCGCCCACCCACGCUGGAGGCGCCCCCGCGGGCAAUGGCGGUGACCCUUCGAAUAUAAGCCGCAGACGGAGCACUGGGACGAGUCCGGCGCCGGCUGCGCAGCUGGGGACGCCCUUUCUUCCUGGCAACCUCCUCCAGGCGGCGCUUCUCUCGUCCUCUUCGCCGCCGCACGUCGCGCUUCUGUCUUCCCUCGCUUCGUCGCUUCCUUCGUCUUCCCCCUUCUCCGCCCCGCGGUUGUUCCGACCUCAGGGACUUCCUUCUGCAGGGACAACAGCGACCGCUCCGUCCCAGCGGCAGGUUAGUCCCCCGAGCGGUGCCGCGGCGACGCAGCCUUCCGCUCUGCCGGCGAGCUCGAGUGCGGGGAGUCUCGCGAAUCAGAGCGGCUCUCCUGCGGCGCUCGGGAGCGCGACCGGCGCAGACAGGGCGUCGGCGAAGACCUCUCCGGAGACUUCCCUCCCGCAGGCGUCGCCUGGAGAGACAGCUGGGGAGUCUCCCACCUGUGCAGAGCGCGGCGGCGCAGGCCAGACCGAAGGAAAGGAAGAAACGCCGACGGGUGCGCGGACCCAGGACAACAGUCCCGACUCGUCUGCAGGCGACCUGAAACGCACUCGGAUCUCCGACCCAUCUGGGCAGCAGACGCUCUCUUCUCCCGCGUCUUCUUUCCCUGCGACGUCUUCUUCCCCUGCCGCGUCGGCGGCGUGUGCGUCCUCGGCGUCUUCCCAGCGGGGAGAGAGCGGCGCCGACGAAGACGCAGUCUGCAGUGUGUGCGUGGUGGGGGAGUGCGAACAGCACAACAACAUCGUGUUCUGCGACGGCUGCGGCUGCGCAGUGCACCAGUUCUGCUACGGCGUCAUGCAGAUCCCUGACGGUCCCUGGUUUUGCUCCCUCUGCACGUGGCUGCGGAAGAAGGACUCGGAAGCGACUGCGCGGAAGUCGAAAGAACGAAACGGUCAGCGGGAGGCCUCGCCAGGCGCGCCUGGGCCCUCCGAGGCGGCAGCGGCGAGCCAGGAGACCAGGCAAACCCCGAGCUCCGGACCCGAGAAGACCGCGCCAGCGUCUGCCGUCGACGCUGCCGCGUCCUCACCGUCGGUCUCCUCAGUGGUGUGCAAGUUGUGUGGACAGGGGGGCGGGGCGAUGCGGCGCGGCCCCGAGAAGAUUUGGGUCCACAGUUGCUGCGUUUUGUACUGCCGCUCCGGGCCCCAGUUUCGGCGCACGCUGCAGCUGGACGAGCCGGUGGACAUUCGACAGUCGCUCUCGGUCGCUCGGGCGAUGGCCUGGCGGUGCGUGAUUUGCAGGAAACGCGAGGGGUUUCCGAUCUCGUGCGGAUUUCCGGGAUGUGCGAACCGGCUGCACGUCACUUGCGCCCGCGGAGCAAAGUGCGUCUGCGUGAUUGCCUCGCUCUGGGAAGGCGCAGUGGAAGGCGCGGGCCGCGAGCGCGUGUGGAAAGCGGUCUUCUGCCCCACACACAACGACGCCGUCACGAUCCAAGCUGCCAAGGAAUUCGAGCGGGAACGGGCAUUCGCCGCGUCGCUUCCCCCUGCGCCGACUGCCUUGUCUUCCCCGGUCGCUUCCUCGCCUUCGCAGACUGCCACGCCGCAGCGGGCGGCCGAGGGCGAGACGCGGGCCGAAGCGGGCGGGACGCACGAACCGAACGACGUUUCGGUGACUGCGAGCCCAGAUGGGGUCGCGGCGGGCGCGGAGACAGACCAGGCUCAGAGUGGGGUUUCGCAGCCGAACCUGGAGACAGAGCCUUCAGGAGGGGACACCAAGACGGCGCAGGGCGACACGCUCUCGGCGAGGCGCGAAGAAGAGACGAAGGGGCUACCGAAUUCGUCGGCCAGCGCCACCAGUCCCGCACGGCCUGGCGGCGACGCGGACGGCAGGGAUGCGGUGGGCUCCUCGCUUCCCCUGUCGACGCGCGUCGCGCAGCCCCUGCCCGCGGGGUCGGCGCUCGGCGUGGAGGAGAGCCUCAAUGCGCUCCAGCGUGCCUCGCCGCCUGGCGUCCCGUCGCUCUUGUCUUCCGCUGUGUCAUCCUCGUCCCUGCGGCUCCUGCCGGGGGCCUUGCCAGCGUCCUCGAACGCCUCGGCCUUCCCCCAAACGCUGGGGCUCGGAUCUGUGCUCCAUCCGUUCGCGGGGGGCGGGGCGCAUGGCGCGCAGAACGUCUCUCCAGAGCUGCUCCUGCAAAAGCAGUUGCUGCUGCAGGCGCUGGCGGGCGGCCAGGGACAGUUCCAGAAUGCACAGGCCGGGAAGGCUCAGGGCCUUGCUGUGGGGGGCGGCUUGGCGUCGACGGCGAUCUCGCCGUUUCUGGACGCCUUUGUGAAUCCCGCGAACGCGACGAAGAAGGAACCCGAUGCGCAGCGGCUUGCCUCGCACCCCGGGUUGUUUCCAAAUUUGUCGGCGCCUCUUCUCGGGAACUUCCCAGUCGGCGGCCAACCAGACGCCCGCGGCGUCCUCCCAGGGGCGAACUUUCCCUUGACUGCCUCGGGACUCUCCGCAAACGCGUCGCCCGCUCCAGGGUCGAACCUCCUUUCCCAGUACGCCGCGCAGCCGUCGGUCUUCCGCCCGCAAACCGUCGUCAGCCCCUCCGUUUGUGGGCUCCUGUACCCAAACGUCGCCAGCCUCGGGGGGGCGGCCGCGGGCCUCGGGGGCCUGCAGGCGAGCGGCGCCGUGGGCGCUCCGGUGUCGGGCGUCCGGGGCGGCGUCGGGACGCAGUUUGCGUUCUUUGCGCCGCAGUUGCUGGCUGCGCAGAACCGCGUGGGAGCCCAACAGAAUGUCGGCCUCCCAGGGGCGAACUGUCUCUUGCCUGGAUCCUCGUUUCCCCUGCGGUUCCCGGCCGACGCGGGGCCUAGCGGCGUCCCGGGGCGAGCCGGAGAAGGCCCUGAUGCAGGUGGAGCAGGCGCGCUGCGGGCGGCGAGCGGGGUUCAGGAGAACGGGGAGGCGAGUGGCGAGGCUGCCGCGCCACUGUCUCCGACGACAGCCCUGGUGUCUCCGAGUGGGGCAGGGACGCGAGCGGCAGGCAGCGGGGGGGGUGCGAAGGCAGAUUCGCCUGCCGCGUUUCCUCUCGAGGCGCCCGGUCAGCCUCCGCCAGUGCCGGAGCCUCCCGGACCUUCGGCUGUCGAGGGCGAGGCCAGGCCUGUUUUCGCAGAGGCUUCUUCGAGUGCGCCGCUCGCGUCCUCGUCGCAGCCGUCCCCGCUGUUGCGGUCGUCUGGGUCUUUGCGGUCGGGCGGCAAGCGCGGCGGCAGAGGCCGUUCGUCGCAACGCAUGCUGUUUUCCUCGUCGAGGAAAUCGCAGUUGGGCGGCUUCGCGGGCCAUCAGGCGCGCGUCGGAGGCCCUCAGGUCGGCUCGAAGGACGGCGUGUUGGGCAACAGUCUGGCUUUCUCGACGCAGCUGCUCGACGGCGGCGCGGACUUGCUGCUCGACGGCCUCGGGGCAAGUGGCGCGGGGGCCCACGGCUCCCAUACACCCGGGACCACGCGGGGGAGUCGCGUCCAGUGGGGCAGAUUCGACGCGUUGUUUCGGCGAGUCCCUGUCGGCCCGUUCGCGAAAAACGUCCUGGAGACUUUGAAGACUUCUCAGGAGAAGCGCGUGGCGAUCGAAGAGGCGCGCGUGAUCGAGAAGAUUCUCACGUCGCCUUGCCUCUGUCCGGAAACAGACAGCCUGACGGAGCCGCCUCUCGAGGACCGGGAAGUCGUCGAGGAGCUCCUCGAGCUGUAUGUACACCAAGUGGACGAAGCCCUCCGGCGUGCGCGAGAGCAGAAAAAGCGCCGAGAGCGGAGAGCGCGCGAGAGGCGCGAAGAGCAGGAACGAGCCGCCGCGGGGGAGCCCAGGACAGAGGGAGGCGACGGGGACGGCGAGAAUAAGAAACGCAAGUUUGAAGAGACGGAGAGUCGCGCCCGCGACGAUGGCGCGCCGCGUGAGGACGAAAAAGCCUGCACGGACAAGGAAGGCUACGGCGGGGAGAACGGCCGACAUCUAGACGGCGGAAAGCACAGUUUCCAAGACAUCGGCGACGCUGCCUCGCCGUUGCCCCGGGGAAACGAGCAAGAGGACGCGAGCGACACCAGUCGUCUGAAGGAGUGCGCGGCGUCUCCGCAGCUGGCAACAGAUGUGGGCGAGUCCGAGGCGACGGCUACGGCUGUGGUCGCUUCGAGCGUAUGUACACCGGAGACCGGGAACGGCGUGAGCGUGGCGAAACCGGCGAGCCCCAGUCGGUGUGUUAAGCCUGCGGCGCAAGAGGCCCCGGACACGCCUUCGAAGCGGGUCGGCGGGGAGACAAAAAAGCGCGAGCGAGAGCACACGAAAGCGGCGGUCGACGACGAAAAGGACGAAGUCUGCCUGCCUUUCACAGCUCUCGUCGAUUUCGGGCCCGUGGCCGCGUGGAUUCUCUUCGACGCCGUCCCCGGGGAACCGCAGUCAGCAGAAGAAUGUGAAGUGCUGGAGCGGCUGUGCGUCAGCGGCUACAUCGGGGGGUCGAGUCCGCCUGCUCGGAAAUCUCAAAUUGUCGAUUCGCCGGUUUCUACGGGCCUCGGUACCGUCGGCUUUCCUCCUCGCUCGCCGUCUUUCGGGGCCUCUCGCCUCCCGUCGCCUUCAGGCGACCGGCGGAUGGUGUCCGGAUCGGGUGGUGCAAUCGCGGCCAGCUUGGGUGUCUCGGGGGAAGUGAGUGCGGGCGGAAAGGCUGCGGUCUCUCUCUUCUCUCCGUCGCAGACUGAUCCGCCUUCGUCGCCACUGACUUUCUCAACGGAACGACAGGCGAAAAGGUCCCCCUCUUCUCAGAGACUCGGCGCGGACACCGCGCAGCUGUACAGCCACCACGGCGUGUCUCCGGGCCACGACUGGGCCGGACUGCCCGACGAUUUGGUGAGGUGUUCUUACACCGGAGUGGCCAAGGCGCAGGAGCUCAAGGGAGCCUUGAAAAAGGGUGGUGAACUCGUGGGCGGAGGCCCGACGAGGUUGCUCAAGAAAGCGUUCGGCAAAGAGAGAGAAGACGGAAGCGUGGGCCGUGGGGACGAGCCUGCUGAGACCGAGGUGGGGUCCGAGGCCGAGACAGACGGCGAGAAACGGGUGCGCUACCGGCUGGUUGUGAAGGCCUUCAAAACGCUGAGUUUCUACCAACUGACCUACUGCCGUCGGCGCCUUCAACAGGUCUUCCUCCGGCCGCACCGACACCCGCUGUAUCGGCAGCUACUGCAAGUCGAGGCGCAACACCGAAAACGCCGCGAAAAAGAGCGUCAGCGCGAGGCCAGCGAGAAGACGAAUCCAGAGGAAGGCGACGAAGACCGAAAGAUCUUUCCGCUCUUCCAGCUGUCGACGAUGCUCGCGGAUCAGAAACUGUCCUCUUUGACUGAGAAGAAGAGCAAACAGGAGAAACUCGCUGGUCUGGCCUCCAAGAAGGGGGCGGCCGCCUCCGCCAGCAAGGAGACUCAAGAGGCUCGCGGGGCGGAGAGCCUCCGAUCUGUCGCGAGCGAGGGGGAGACAGGCGAGGCGUCCCCGGACGGAAAGGUUUCUGCGCGGAGAGGAGAGGGCGAAGAGAGACGCCAGGCAGAGACGGAGUUGCCAGGCACCAGCCGGCGCAGCACGACCUCGGAGACCGCCAGGGGGACCGAAGGCUUCGCUCCGCUCUCGGUUUCUGUGGGCGUGGCGGGCGAGGCGCCGAAUGGAGCAGCCCAUAUGUCGCCGCUGACUCCCAACAACGUCUCUACUACGUUGGAGACUCCAGGAGACACAGCGAAAGACGGAUCGGUCCUAGAGGAUGGCAGACUCGUCUCGCCCUCACCGGGUGUCUCGCCCGCAGAUCUCGUUCCCGGUGCGGCUUCACCGCUCGGCCUCCCACCUGCUCGGGGUUUGCGACCGCCCCCGCAGCGGAACGGAAAACUCCAGAGUUUGCAGGACCAGGAACCCGACAUGCAAACAGGAGAUCCAGGCGCCUCAAUCGUCACAGUCGGCGGCCACCGCUGGUUCGUGAAACCCUGGGGAUGGCACGAGUCACCGUAUGCAAAUCUCGUCGAGAGCGUGGACGACUUCGUCGGAGUCCAGUGUGCGCAGUUUCUGCAGGUCUCGUCUGUUUUGUCGCGGGAUCUGCGUCGCCUGAAGCUCCACCUACUGCAGUCAGUCCUGGAGGAAAACCGGCAGCCGCUGAAAGUCGUGGAGAGGCCACAGUCGUCUGACCACCUCCUCGCGCGCUACGCGUCCAUGCAUCGCUGGUCGCAGCUCCGCCACUACAUCGGCGAGGGUGUGAAAGACGUGGCCUUGCCGGCCGUGUCUCCCUCGAGCGCCUCGCCCUCCUCGAGCGCGACCGCCAGCGGGCGCCGCGGCGCCGGACCGGAGGUGCCCGCGGGGACUACUGAGGCGAGGGGGAAGUCCGGCUCGUGCGUCGCGACGCCCGCUCUCCCUCCACACCUGCAAGACUGUUGCCAGAGUCCGGAGCAGGAGCAACUCCGCCUCAGUCAGCGCCGCCAGCUGUACGAAGCGAAGGCGCUUCGCGUGCCUUCUUUCCCAGACGCCAAAACCUGUUUUCUUCUCGCCCAGCAGGAGAAGUACCAGCAGCAGCUCGGGUGUCUCUCCGACUCCGUCGCGGCGUGUGCGGCGGUCGCGGGCUGGGGCCUCGGAAGCAUGGGUCUGGCGUCGUGCUCGGCUGCGGAACUCGAGCGGCGCCUGCUGCUUGCGUUUCCGUCCUCGCCGUUCUCGGGGCGCAGAACAGGCGAGCGCGGCGCGGCGACAGGGGAUCUGAAGCCGCGCGAGGGAAGCGAAGACGUCUGCUUUGCAGACUUCGUCGUGGACCUCUUUGGCGACGGGCAGCCGCGCCAAGACCCCGGAAGAGGCGCGAAGGAACUGACGGAGAUCCUGGCCGAGUGCGACGCGAAUCUGUCGCUGUUCGUAGACGACGAGGCCGAGGAAGAGAACCGCCGCGCACAGACGCAGCCGGUCCUCCUCGCCGGCGGCGUCCAGAAAGUCCAACCGGCCCUCCCGGCAGUCGCCUAUCAAGAAGAUCGCGGCGACGCAGGCCUCGAGGCUCGGCCAGAGCGCCCAAAGACCGACGAGGCCGCAGACGGCGAACCCGGCGCGAAGCCCGAAAACGAGGAGACAGGAGCGAACGCAACUGCCGUCUCUCCGCAAACCUCCCCGGCCUCGCCCACGCCCCACAAGCCCGACGCGAAUGCGCCUGCUCCCGCAGACUCGAAGAACGGGGCCGUCGCAGCUCCUGCUGUCGCCUCUGCGGCGGCCGUGGCGUCUCCUGUGUCUCCGCUCCCGCCGGCCGCCCCAGUGGCCACCACGGCGGGGAGCGUUCUCGACGCGCUUCUCGGGGCGGCGGGCGGUGUGGGGGCCUGCUGCGUGUGUUGGUGGGCGGAGCGGAGCAAUUUGAACCCGAUUCUCUCUUGCGUCCGCUGCCUCGUCCACGUCCACAAAAACUGCUACGGCGUCGGAAAGAUGGGAGAAGCCGUCGAAGGCGACGACUGGAUCUGCCGGCGCUGCGAGCUCGAAAAAAAGGGGCUCGGCACCCAGUGGCUCGUCGCCUUCGAACCCAUGAAAAUCCGCUGCCAGAUUUGCGGCACCGGCGGCGGCGCGCUGAAACCCACGACAGACGGCGGAUGGGUGCAUUUAUUCUGUGUCCUCUGGCUCUUGCCCGAGGUAGCGUGCGCGGAGUUUUCCGCCUUGGAGCCCUGGAACCUGGACGGUGUGGUGCCGUGGAGACGCGAGACGCGUUGCGGCCUCUGCGACCAGAGCGGCGGCGUGUGCGUUCGUUGCGCGUCUGUGGGCUGCGAGGUCUGCUUCCACCCCAUGUGUGCGUGGCUAGCUGGGCUCCAUUGCGAGGCCGAGAGUCUCCGCGGCCUGUUUCUGCCGUUCCGGGGCGCAGUCGACCGCUGCUUCCCGCGCCUCGUCAUCAAAGCUUUCUGCUUCAAACACAGCCCGGAGUUUCUCGCCGACGGCAGGAGGCGCUCGUCAGCGGUCCAGGGUUCCCUGCGCAUGCGUCGCUACGUGACGCGAGAUCACCGGCCGGAUCUGUUCAACGCGAACGACCGCAGGAGCGGCGGUCUCCUCUUCAAGCGCGGCGGCGGGGGGGGGCGGCGAGGUAACGCCUCCGCAGGUUCUGUCUCCUUUGGCGCCCAAAGCAGAGCGCGAACGCAGGCGACCGCGACCGUGCCGAAACCGGAUCUUCCCGCGCUUCCCGCGGGGACGUCUCCUGCGGCGCCGGACCCCGGUGCCGCGGGCGGCGGACCCGCUGGGGCCGACGCGCAGCCUGCCACAGGGACUGGAGCCCAAGUGCCGGCUGCGACCGCGGUCGGAAGCGACACGGCGAAAGAGGUCCCGGGCGACGGAGACUCCAAAGCGUCGCCGGGCAAACCGCCUCAGCCGCCAGCGUCGCCGUCGGCGUCUGCAUCUUCGUCAGCGGCUUCACCGGGGGUUGUGGGAGAGAAAGAAGGCUACGCGGAGGCAUCGGCGAAUCCUCCAGCUUCGCCUGUUGCCGAGGCGGGCGCGCCAGGCCCCGAGAAGGCGGCAGAGGAGACGGAGACGCCGGCAACCACAGUGGCGCCUCUGGCCUCCAGCGCAAGAGUCGGCGGCCAACCCGUCCCGGCGGAGAAAGGCAGUGACGUGGUAACAGGCGAGGCGGAGAGCCUUGGAACGGGCUUUUUGACGCGGGCUAUCUUGGAGGAAAAGGAUCUGUACGACGAUCACUCCUGUGCGGUGUGUCUCCUCCCGCGGAUCACAUGCACGUCGUCGAAUCCGUUCUUCCACUGCCAGCGCUGCGGCCUCUGCGUGCAUCGACAGUGCUACGGGAUUCGCAAGGAGCACUUGCCGCUCCAUCUCCGUCCGGACCUUCUCCGCAAGAUCAAGGGGCGGAAAAUGCGGCGGGUGUCGGCCUCCCCCGAGGUCGAAGCGGAGACGGAGCGCCGGAGCUGGGCGGGAGACGGCGGGGCGAGCGACGCGCCGCAGAGCGGAGAGAGACAGCGCGACGAGACAGGUGGAGAGGCCGAGCCUGGCCCCGCAGGCGAAGAUGCCCCGCAGGCGAGCGGCGACGUCUGCGGAAGUCCUGAUCGAAACCUUCCCGGUUCGCCGAGUUCAGGCGCUUCGGCGGAGGGUCGGACGCUCGAAGGAAGCACGGAGGCGGCUCUGACGGCGUCUGGAGAGAGGAACCAGUUGAGGGAGGGUGAAGACCUGGCUGCUGCAAUGGACGCGUCAGAGCGAAAGGGCGACGCGUCGCCCACCGGAGAGGCGGACGGAGACGGGGAGGAAAGGAAGGAAGGAUCGAAGCGAGAGCGAGAAGACGAAGAUGAGACGUCCUGUGCAGAGAGCGACGAAGACGAGAACGUAGGUCGGUACAAACCGACGCCUUUCCUCUGCGAAGCGUGCACUUGGCUACCCCCUACAGAAAAGCCCUUCUGCCUGUUGUGCCCGCGUCGCGGCGGCGCCUUCAAGCUCGUCGCCCCGUCCAUCUCUUCCUCGCUGGCUGCGCCGUCUUCAGAGACUCCCCUCUUCGCCCACAUGACGUGUUGCCUCUGGACGCCUGGAGUCGACGUGGCGGCCACGCCUGCCUUGUCGCCGAUCGUGGGCGUGGAGCGCGUGCUGGAGGAACAACAAAACGUCAUCAUUCAGCAUUUGCAGCGAAAGCGUCAAGUGCCGGGUGUGGAGCGGAAGAGCGAAGACGUCGCGAACGACGCAGUCUCCGCGCUCGCUGCGUCGGAAGGCCCAUGCGCAGAGGCGCGGAAGAGCGAAGGCGACGACGCUGGCGCGAGGGAAAGGCGCGAGAGCGGAGGCCAGACAGGGGCGAAGCCUGGCGACGGCGAGAGCGAAGAGACGGACCAGCAGCUGCAGCCAGAAAAGGCGCACACUGGAGGCUCAGCGGAGAAGAAACCGGAAGACAAACCCCUGGCGCCUCUCUCCGACGAAGACGUCGCGCCUCUGUUGUGGACGGAAUGCGAAGUCUGCGGAUCUGCGUACGGCUUCUGUACAAAGUGCGCGCAAAAGGGCUGCUCGCGCUACUUUCAUCCCCUCUGUGCACAGCUGAAAGGCGCCUUCAUGGAAAUGACAGAACAGCCUGGACGGCGAUUCACGGCCGUUGCCUUCUGCACGCACCAUUCCCGGGUGCGGAAUCAGAUUUCACCUUCCGUCCGGCUCUUUCUGCGGCUCCGGUCUUUCCUUGAACUGUCAAAGCUGCUUGUGGGUCAAGUCUCGCGGCGAGAACGGGUGAAGCGGCUUUGGUUGAGGAAGCGACGAGAGUUGUUGGAUCGCGAAUUUCCCAUCGAUUCGACUCUCUCGUCUUCGGCGUCUUCGCCCCUGGCGUUGCCUCCCGUCGCGUCGUCCGCGUCGAGUGCGAGUGUCCCCUCUCCGGAGACGGUCUCGAAACCCUCCGCGUCACCUUUAUCUCCUUCCGCGAGGGACGGCUCCCCGGUCUCCGAAGAUAAGCCGACAGAGCAGGCGUCCCGGCCGCCCUCUGCCGCGGUUGCCAGUUCGCCGUGCUCAUCUUUGGCGACGCCUGUGGUGUCUCUGCUUCCGGAUUUGAUGCUGAUUAACGCCUUGUCUUCUUCCUCCCCAAAGUUCUCGCUGAGCAACGGAGACGAAGCAAAGAAGGCGGAGGACGUGUCCCUGAUCGCGAGUUUCGAUCCAGCGCUGAUUGCAGCUGCGGCGCAGGCGGCCGCAAGUCAGGUUGUUGGGGAGCGGCGAUGCGCGAAGGAUGCGGUCGAGCUGCAUGCACUCGCGUCGUCCGACGUCAGUGAGCCGAUCGAGAAGAUGCGCGACGCGUGCACAUCUCACCAGUCGGGGCCUUUCGGUUUUCGCGCCGUCGACGAGGGCGGCAGCCGGGCGCCGCCGGAGGACGCGCGAGAAGCUGAGCCGGCUGGCGAGAACGGCGACGACGGCGAAGAGGACCCAGAGCAGGCGGAGCGCGCGGACGAGCAAGACGACGGUGGGGAUUCGAUGAGUUCCCGAAAGAAACGAAGAGAGAGUGCGUCGGGUCGGGGAAGCGAUCUGGUGCUGCCUGGUGGAAGGAAGGGUGGAGACUCGGCUCUUUGUUCCCCGCCGUCUCUGGCGGGCGCGUCGCCUUCGAGCAGGACCACGCCACGGGCGUCCGCCGAGGUGAAAUCCCGAGAGCGAAGCGGAUUGGUUCGCGGCGAGAAGGACGACGCCGAGCGCCUUCGGUCUCGCGUUUUGGCGCUGCCUGCGAGCAAGCGCGGAGCGCCCGAGGCGGCGGGGCCCCGCGGCAAGACGCGGGAUGAAGAGAGGGGCAGUCGGGCUCCAGGCCUUCGCGGCCCGUCGACUGCUUUCGGGUCUCAGCCGAAGAGGGACGGGGCGAGGAGGAAGUUGGCGGAAGAGGCGGCUCGGGCUGCGGCGUCGGCCACGAAGGAGCAGCGGGCUGCGUCGUUUGCCGCCGUCAUCACGCAGUACCUCGAGCGCGUGAAGGCGCAGCGUGAAGAGCCGAACGAGCGACGGGACUCCGAGGAAGAGCGCCUACCAAUUGUCGACGAGCGAACGGGGUUCAAGUGCACGUGUUUGAGCGAGGUGGAGCUCCAAGGCCUCGUGCAAGUGGUUGACCAAACAACCAAGGCGAGUUUCGCGGGCGAAGACGGAUGCCCGGCGCAGCGGAAAGGUCGCCCGACGAACCGCCAGCGACUGGUUCUUCUUCUGAGCGACGCCAGUCCGCGGAGUCGGCACGAGGCGAUUCUCUUGGCGCACCAGCUGAAGCAAACGUGGGAAGACAUUUUGAUUGGGAGCAUCGACAAAGAACUCGUCACACUGAAGAACCGGAUGCUGUCGGAGCGACCGGACGUGGCCGAGGAACCAAGCGACAAGGCUCGCUUUUCAGGAAGGCCUGCGACCGCUUCACUCCAGUCGCACGGAUCUACGACGCCUCCGGAAGACGUCCCGCCCUCCGCCGCCCGCGCGUUCUUGCCGAGUGUCCCGGGUUCGCCCGCGAACAAAACUCUGCGCGUUAGAGACAAAGCCGACGGGCGCGUGAGGCGACAAACCCCCACGCCCUCGACGCAGAUCCGCCAGGAGCUGCCGGCGUCCUUUGCGGAUUCCAAGUCUUCCCUGUCGGCGAGUUUCGAGGCGAAGAGACGCAGGAAACGGUGA